CGUCUGCUACAUAUACUCGUCCGCGCCGUCCGCGAGCCACUCCCCGCGCCCUUCCACUGUCUCGGCAAAGCAAUGGCAUUGCGCGUCUUCUUCUUGAUUCUGCCUCUCGCCGCGAGCUGCGCCUCCACCCCUGCCCCAAGCCCGAGCCCCGACGCCUUGGCGCUGCUGGCCUUCAAGUCGGUGUGCUCCGACCGCACCGCGGCGCUCGGCUCCUGGACAGAGUCCUCCGAUCCCUGCUCCGGCAAGUGGCGCGGCGUCAAAUGCCAACGGUCGUCCUCCUCCUCCCCGCCGCGCGUCCGUCGCGUCGUUCUCGAGGGCCUCCAGCUCGGUGGGCACGCCGCGGCGUUAGAGUUGCUCGUAGAUCUCCCGUUGCUCUCGUUCCUUAGCCUCGAGAACAACUCCUUCACGGGCUCCCUCCAUGGCAUCGACUUCUCCCGCUUGGCGCCGCACCUCAAGCUUCUCUACCUCUCCGGCAACGGCUUCUCUGGGCGGUUCCCCGAGUCCGUCCUGCGCCUUCGCCACCUGCGCCGCCUCGACCUUUCUGGUAACCGGAUCAAGGGCACGAUCCCGCCGGAGAUUGGUCAUCGCCUCCGUGCUCUCCUGACGUUGAAUCUUGCACGCAAUUCGUUCGUCGGGCCCGUGCCCACCUCGCUGGAAGCAAUGGCUGAGCUCGCCGAGCUCAACGUCUCGGGCAACCACCUCAAGGGGCCGAUCCCCAAGUGCCUCGCGUCUGCCUUCCCCGCGUCAUCGUUCGCGGGCAACCCCGAGCUUUGUGGCUCACCGCUGCCCCUCCGGUGCAACGAACAGCAGCAGAUCGCGUACAACGGCAGUGGUGAGGCGUCAGACGGAUUGAGGUCAGGGAGGUGGAAGAGCCAUGAUCGGUGGAUGGUCCUGAUGGUCAUGUCAGCCGUGGGCGCGGCAGUCGCGUUGUUGGUCCUUGCGGCUCUGUGCGCCGCGCUGUGGCUGAAGAACAAGAAGUCGACGAGACGGCCGCGCACCAACUCGCCCACCAACUCGACGGUGGUGGGGGAGGAGACGGUGCGCUUCGACGGGUGCUGCGUGGAGUUCGACGUGGGCACGCUCAUGAGGGGCGCCGCAGAGAUGCUGGGGAAAGGCGCCACGGCGACGACGUACCGCGUGGCCAUGGGAGGCAACGACGCGAGCGACGCCGUCGUCGAGGAGGGCAAGGGCGAGGUGGUGGUGGUGAAGAGGAUGAGGAGGAGGGAGGGCGCGCGAGCGUCCCGGGAGGACGAGAGGCGGCGGAGGGAGCUGGCGAGGCAGAUGGGCACGUGGCGGCAUGCCAACAUCGUCGGCCUCCGCGCGUUCUACGCGUCCACGGAGGAGCUUCUCCUCGUCUUCGACUACAUCCCCAACGGAAGCCUCCACAGCCUCUUGCACGAGAACCGAGGGCCGGCAAGAGUUCCUCUGGACUGGCAGACCAGGCUGAAGCUGGCGCAGGACGCGGCGCACGGCCUCGCCUACCUCCACGGCGUGUCCGGCGCCAACCUAUCCCACCGGCACCUCACCUCCUCGAAUAUCCUCGUCGACAGCAGCGGCAACGCGCGCGUCUCCGACUUCUCCCUCCUCCAGCUGCUCGCGCCGGCGCCACCGGGGGAGGCCCUGCAGAAGCAGGACGUGCACAGCUUCGGCGUCAUCCUGCUGGAGAUACUCACGGGGCGGUCCCCGGAGGACGGCAGCGCGGACCUGCAUCGGUGGGCGCGGACGGUGGUGCGGGAGGAGUGGACGUCCGAGAUGUUCGACGUGGAGCUGCUGCGGAGCAAGGGGGCCGAUGACGAGAUGGUGGCUCUCCUGCAGGUGGCUCUGCUCUGCGUCGCCGACAACCCGAGGGAGCGGCCCAGGAUGGCGGUGGUGGCGAAGAUGAUCGAGGACAUCAGGGACAGGGGAAGCAAGCGGGGCAAGUGCUCUGCGUCACCGUCGCAAGCCGGGCAUUCGCACGAGUCCUCUCCUUGCGUGUCAGAGGACACCACAAGGUCCACUCCUGCCUCAAGCUCUUGACGCAACUCGGUGGUUAUCGGGUGAGUGGUUUCAUCGUUUCCUUCUUCCCUCGCAAAGGAUGUGGCAAGAACGAAAUAUUGUCGAAUCAGAGCAGUGAUGAGCAACGCGUGAAAACGUUUGCGUCAAGCAGGCGGUGUCCUGUCGGAUUUCGAUCUUCCAGUAGCUAAUGGACUCUGUUAGUUUGACGUGCAAAUGCAACAUGUACACAUGCCCCCCAGUGAGAAAUCGAGGCAGACCGUGUAGACUGAACAGAAACUAGAAAGAUGCCCAUAAGUAACAGGAAUAGUGGCCUUCGAUGCUUCUACGUCGAUUUGGCCUCAUCAGGUAGUGGGAUAAAAAUCAUAAAAACGAGUGAUCGCUCCGUUCGUCACCCGCCAGUAGGCCAGUCGAGCCUGGGCGGCAUGAGGGGCACAUGCUCACCCGGGCUCGCAUCACUGCCUGAACUGCCCCGUCCGCGUACCACCGCCAUCUGCUUCACUCCGUGGCUGCCCGUUCCGUCCUCGCGGCUGGUGCAGUCUUGCUCC